GCGCCGGACUUGCAAAGAUGGCGGUGGCCGUUGGCGCGCGGGCUCUCAGCUGAGCCGUUGCCCAGCUCCUCUGUAGCAAAAUGUGAAUGCAGCUGAAGGACGGUGCCGCGGGAAUGAGUCGGCGAAGGAAGCAUGCGGACAGCCCUGCACGGAGGAGCACGCCGCGCAGGGCGGCUGCCGAGAAGGGCUGCCCGGCGGCGGAGCCGUGGCCGCGGGGGCAAAGGGCAGCCCGCAACUCCCAGCUCAGCCGGGCGGGAACACGGUCCGCGCGGCGGGAGCAGCGACAGGCGCAGCGGCGGGCAGUGGCUUACGGCGGCGGGCGCAGUCCCGGAGAAAAGGAGACACCAACACAAGUUGUGAAAAUGGAUUUAUUAUCCUGUACCUUCAGUUCUCCAAAUGAUCCAGAUGGGCAGACUGAUAUCUUCUGGGAUCAAAAUUCUCCAAUGACAAAACAGUUAGGUAAAGGAAGAAAAAAGCAGAUUUCCAGCGCAUACAGUGAUGAGAUUUCACAUAUUGUUAAUCGUAUUGCUCCUCAGGAUGAAAAACCAGUGACAAACUCCAUGCUGGGUGUAUGGAUUGGCGAAACUGCUAUUCCUUGUACUCCUGGUGUAGCAAAAGAAAAAUCAAGAGUGAAAAUCAGCUGCACAAAAUUAAAAACAAAAAAUCGAGAAAAAGAACUUAUGAAAUUGGCCCAACAGUUUGAUAGAAAUAUGGAAGAACUUGAUGUGAUCCAAGAGCAAGAUGUAAAGAAUCAGGAUUUUAUUCAGCCAACUUCAGAAAUGGGACAUUUAGAUAACCAUAAAGAUUCUGUACAGAUGGCAUCAGAUGAUGUAGUUCCUGAAAUAAGUUGUACUCCAAUAAAGAGGCAAAUGAAAGGAGACACUAGAAUGUCCCCGGCAAAGGGGCAAGACAAUAGUCAGAAACCCUUUGACCAAAAUGUUGAAGCAGCCUUUAAUGCUCUUUUUGAUGGUUCCAUUCAGAUGUGUAGUGGCCAGCUAAGCCAAGAUCUGUCAGAUGCUUCUCUGAACAAUAGUAAAACUUCCUUUAGAAAGAAAAAUGCCUUACUACAAGAGGAAAUAAUUAGGACUGAAACUCUGCUCACUGAAAACCUGCCAAAUACAACUCCAGUAUCACCUUCCCCUCAAGAAGAUACUACCGUAGUACUAAAAUCAUGUGUGACUCCCUGUCCUCAGACACCAGCAGCAUCUAAUAAGCAACUUGAUGAAUUAACUGCUAAUGAUUUUGAGGAUGACUGGGAAAGCUUACUAAGCAGUGAACCCUUCCUUAUGGAAAAUGCUGAAAUACUUGAACUCUUUCCUUCUACAACUGCCCAAGAUACUGGUCAGAAGGCAAUUUCUACCUCAGUUGGUGAAAAUGAUACAAUCACGUCAAGAGCAAAUAUGAAUCUAGGUGGAAGGUUAAGAAAUUCAAAAAUAACACUGGAUCUUCCUUCAAAGACACGAAACAGAGAGCUAAGAAAUGCUGGGGAAUGUAGGUUUUCACCACAACUGGGUGAUGGGUCAAGGAAGUUACCAUUCACUGGAAAUAAAGUGAAAUUUGAGAAAUCUGUCACUAACAUUGUUAGUAAAGAUGAAGAUUAUGUUGCUGUCUCUAAUCUUAAAAAAGUGAAAGAAGAUAGUCGUAGUAAGUGUAUACUUAAUACACAUUCCUCUAACAAGUCUGGUUCAUAUACAAGGUAUCCUAAUGAACAAAAUUAUGAGCUUGGUGUUAAGCCUUUGCAAGUACCUACUACUGACCCAUUUGAUUCUGGGUUCUUGGGCAAAGAAAACAUUGUGUGUAACACAAAUCAGUCUCAUGGAUCAAAGUUCAAUUCUUUCUUUGACGACUGGAACGAUCCGCUGUUGGCCAGUGAAAUGAUUAAAGCAUGUCAUCAAUUAGAGACUACCUGGGAAGCAGAUGAUGUAGAUGAUGAUUUGUUAUAUCAGGCUUGUGACGACAUUGAAAGACUAACUCAGCAAGAAAACAAGGGCAGCAAGGAGUUAGAAAGUGUAAAUAGUACUUCCAAACGUGGAUCCAGAAAUAUUUGUACUGCAUCUAUACAAGGAAGUCAGUUGGUGCCAUCUAAACAUUGGAAUUUUGUCAGCUCUGCAGCGCCAUUGUCUUUAGCAAAUAAAUCACAGAUGAAUAAACCAUUGACAGUAGAGAAAAGAGACACAUAUGGCGAUUGUCCCAAUAUUUUGGAUGCUACAAAUUCAUCUGUGUACUCUAUGAGUUCAAAUAAUAAUAAUCAUACACCAGUACAAGUGAAUAGCUCAAAAUUUGUUCUUGGAGGAAGUUCAAAUUUGAAUGUAAAUUUGGGUCCUGUGAGCACAAAAAUUGCUACUAAUAUAAAGUUGAGUACUCAGCAGCUAUCCCACAACAGCUUAGCAGAUAAAGCUCAGAAUGACAACAAAAUACUGAAGUUAUCAAAAUUCACAUUUAAGAAGAAAAAUCCUCAGUUUCUUUCUCAGUUAAAUCAAAAUCAUCUAGCAGGAAAUAUGCCUGUUAGCAAAGUCUCAGAGGAUUUAGGAAAAAGGAAAACAGUCAAUUCAUUGCUUGAAGCUAAUCAUCAGCAAUCUUCAAUAAAAUAUUCUGAGUCUUUGAAACCAUCUUCCCCUGAUGAAGAAGAGAGAAAUAGGAAGUAUUCUCCUGAAGAAAUUCAACAAAAGAGACAGGAAGCACUGGUUCGAAGAAAGGCCAAAGCAUUGCAUACCUUGCAGUCACCUCCCAUUUCACUGCCUUGAUGAAAGUCAAGUUAGACGGUUUCACAACUAUUGAUAACUAUCUGUGAUAGGACUUGUGUUCUGGUUUCUCUGUGAGAAAUUUAAUGCUGACUUAUAAAGCUUGAGCUUAUACUUUAUUAUUUAAUAAAUCAGUGUUUACAGUGGUAAAUGAAAUUUUCUCAGAUGUAUGUGAAUUUUGUAUAUAAGUUUUUGAAAAGUUAGCAGUUAUGUAUAUACAGAGGAAAGUACUUGUCUUUAUUAUGGUAGCAGAUAAGCAUCAAAAAUAGCUGUAAAGCUUGUAUAGAAGGCUUUCUCUAGCACAAAGAUUAAAAUUGCUAAGUAAACAACAACUUGGUUUUGUAGUGUCAUUUUCAGUUAAGGUUUUUUUAUACCUUGUCAGUUUUUAACUAGUAUCCACAUAGUCUUACUGGUCUUGCUGAAAAGUAGAGAAUUUCUGUUUAUUUUUAAGAAGUAGCUAAUUUUCUUAUUUCUAAAAUGUGAUUCAAUUUGAAGACAUUUCACUGUUAGGAAAACCAUAGAUUAGGCAUUAAGUCUAGUUUAGCAAAAAGAAAAAAAACUUUAUUAUGUAAGUAAUAAACUAUCAUUGACAUUUAGAACUGGCAGAAACAUAAUCGUCUGAUCUAGCUUCUUUAUCAUAUAGGUUAGACAGAACAAUUCAAGUUGUUCUUUUUCUUUGUGUACAUAUAUGUUUGAGUCAGGGUCUUGCUAUGUAGCCCGGACUGGCCUUCAACUCUCUGUCACCCAGACGUCCCCAGACUAUCAGUGAUCCUCUUGCCUCAGCCUCCCUAGUGCUCUUAAGUACAGAUGUAUGCCACCAUGCCCAACUUACGAUGUUACUUUCAAAGUCGCAGGCAAGUUAAACCUGUCCUUAUGUGAGAAUAGUUUUUCUGAACAUCUAAACAGUUGCAUGAUUUGCUUCAAUCUAUUAGUACUUAAAAUAGUUGAAAGGAGCAUAAACACUUAAAUAUAAUCUGAAGUAUAUUAAAGACUGCUUAUUAACAGUACUAACAUAUAUUCUUUAUUUUAAAGAAUUAACUAAUCUUUCCAGGAUUCAAAAUUAGACUUUCUAUUCUCAGUAUUCUUAUUACUGUAAUUUCCCUUCUAAUUAAUUAUUGAACUUCAGUGUUUUUCCCUCUGCCAUCCUCCCCACUCCCCUUUAGGCUUUUAAAUAAUGAGCCAGUAAUAAACACCUUAACUAAAGGAGGGGGGAACAUGUGUCAGUAAGGAUGCUAGUAGUUUUUUAAGAGAUAUGAAGAAAAUUAUAGAUAUUAAACAUUCAUCUUGGUCUGGUGUUCAUACUGUUCAGGUGUCUUAGAGCUUUGACAAUCUAAUAGUUAUGUAUCAUUUUUCAAAUGUUAUUUUUAUAUGUACAGUAAAACAGAUUUUAGUUCUCUGUUUUUUCAAAGAGUAUAUUAUAAAGACCUAAAUAAAUGUUGUAAGUUAUUAUGUAAGAGAGUGAAGAGACCAGAUUCCUUUUCUAGUGAGUCUGAAUUCAAUCUGUUCUAAGUCUCUCCUUGCUCAAGUUCUCCUAUCUCUUGUUUUCCAUAGAAUUCUUUUAAGACAUUCUGACCAUCCUUUUACACUUGGCCUGGUGAAUCUGUUUCUUUGGAAUUUAUUUAUACCUGACCAUCCUCACUAAAAUUGUUAUUUUCUAAGUGACUUCUGUUAUCUUUCAAAGGAAACAUAAAAACAAUUCUGGAUAGUCAAGGUGUGCUGGUCCAGCAGGCUACCUCUCUGCCUUUCAUACCACUCUACUAUCCUCAUUCUUUAAGUGUCUUUGGAAAGGCUAGUAUGCAAAAGACCACCUAGUUUGCAUAAAUUGGCACUUUUCCAGUCUCCCAGGGAUGUUGUAUACUGGGUUGGCUUGCUGCUGCUUCUAUUCUAAUGCUAAUAUUGAGCCCCCAGGAAAUGGUUUGUCCCAGAGAGGAAAUAAUCUGUAUGUAGACCCAACUGAUACUGUGACCUUGCCCUCAAGUUAUUUUUGAUUUGUAAAUAAGAUGACAACAGCCAAUAGCUGAGCUUGGAAUUGGAGAAGAACCACAAAGGGGAGAAGGUGAAGGAGGAAGGUGAAGAUACCAUGGGUUAGGGGAGUUCAUGAAAACAUGGCCCUGAGGGCUGGUCAAUUUGAGUAAAGAGUAGCCCAGAUGAAACAGUACAUAAUAAUUCAGGGUUAUUGAUAGGAAAUUCUAAUAGCAAAAGAGAGGGUAGAUAAUCUGCCUAGCUAUUGUGCUCUUUAAGGCUUAUUGUAAAUAAUUGUGUGUCUUUUAUCUGAGAACUGAAUGAACAAGGUGGGUGGAAACUCCAGGUUGGGAUUAAAUAAAUUCUGCAACAGUGUCUUCAAAAGCCAGAGGAACAGCUGGUAGGCCUGGCAUCAGUAGUGUUUCAAGCUCUUUUGACUGUUUUUGUUUCACGGAAAGUUUAAUUCAGCAAGAUCGUUUUAGAAAAGAGUCCCCAUACCUGACCAUGCCCCCAACCGCCUUUUUUCUGGACUCCUUAGACCUCUUGGAGACUAAGCCACAGACCAAAGAGCAUACAUGGGCUGGUCUGUGCUGGAGGGGAUCACUUGGUACUGUGGAGGCUUGAUACCCCAGAGAAGGGGGAUUCUAGAGGGGAGAAGUAGGAGUGAGUGGGUCAGUUAUGGGGGAGGAGCAACCUCUUAGAGGCAAAGGGGAAGGGCAUGGGGGUGGAGAGGAGACCAGGAAGGGGAACAACAUUUGAAAUGUAAAUAAAAUAAUAAAUAAAAACAAAUACCUUUCUGCCUCUGCUUACUACUGCUCUGUGAUGGCUACUAAUUAUAUUUUGAAUGAUUUUAACUCAGAUUCUACUUGUGGAAUUUUUCUUGUUCCACUUAAAUCAUUGUGAUUAUUCAUUGAGCUUUAGAGUUAGAAAAUGUUUCUGGGAACAGUUUACAUUUUAUUUAACACAUAGUUGGUUGAAGUGUUAAACUGAAUUUAAAUUGAUCAAAUUUGAUGUUCAGCUUUUACCAUUGUGAUAAUAAACUUGGGAUUCACAAAA